AUGCCACAGGACGAAGCACCACCUCCUCCGCCUCCUCUCGAUGCCUCUUCUAGCUCCUACCAUCGCUCUGACAAUAUCUCCUCAUCAUAUACAUCUUCUUCAUCUCUUCCAGCUACAAAUGGAACCAAAAAUGACGAUCCCUUAUCGCCUCGAACGCGUCUAGAAAUGGAAAAACAACGUCAAGAAAUGACCAACAUUCUUCAUCUCAGUGGCACGAAUACAAGCCAUACAACGUCAACGAAUCCCAGUGACGUAUCUUCCGUGUACAGUAUCAACAAUAGCACGAAUAUUGAGCUUCCAGUACGUCCUGAACGACGUUCCGAGCCUUUAAAACCGUUUUCGAUGCAAUUGUCACCUCAUCGAGCAAUGCUCAGUCGUGUUGACAGUCUCUUGGGCUCGAAAAAAACACCUCCUUCGACGCUAUCUACAGCUCCUUAUUCAUCAAAAUUUACAGCUUCUAAUUCUAAAUUUGCAGGCUCAUAUACCAAGAUCUCACCGUCUUUGGGCCGGACUUUUUAUCGAGAACGAGGAGAAGAGCAAGGAGAACCAUCAAGAUGUGGCGCUGAGAUUCUAUACAAUUCACCAAUUCGAUUACGACUCAGUAGUCGACAAUGUCUGAGAAUAUCAGCACGAAAAGACAAGAAACUGUAUCAAAAAGUACCAAUACAUUUGCCACCAAGGCCGACAGAAACAAGUACAGAAGUCAAUGGAACAGGGGGCAUUGCUCGCACUGCAAAACAGUCGAGUACAGUGCAAAUUAAUGUCAGUGGGGAUGGACUCGAUGGUGAUGAUGACCAGAUUUUUGUACUGCAAAACACGACACUACGAUCGGAUUGUGGGGAAGUCCAUUUUUCAGACAUUGUGUCGUUAUAUUGUGUGGGAGGAAGCUGCAAAGGUCAGUUCUUGUCCGCAGAUGUAGCUACUCAGACUCUGACUACGAAGAAAGGACCGGUGAUCUCUAACAGUGAAAAGUGGAAAAUUGUAAACCCUAUCGUGGAAAUUCGCAAGGACUAUGCUGGAAGUAACCAGGAUGCUUUUGCGCCGGUAGACACUGCUAGCAGGCUGUGGGAGCAACAGAAAGCAAUUGCAACGAGUGACAAUAUUAUGCUCAAGAUGAACAAAGCUGAUCUCUGUAUUGCCGUGCACCCCGACCGGUACGGCCAUAACGACAUUGCAGGCACAAACUCUACCACAGUUGUACUUAGCAAAAAGAAUGAUGGAAUCAGCGAUACAAUACAGAUUUGGAAGGUGACAAAGUCGAACUUGCCGUACGAUCCGGAAUGGAAUCGUGAACGUCUUUAUCUGACCGGUGAGGCACUCGUACUGCCACAAGCAAAACGAUAUCAUGCUGCAGAUGAUGUCGAUUUGAAUCCGCCCCAACUGUCUACGUAUCCUCCAUCAGUGCAAGAAUCGGCCAUAGUGGACGACUUGUUGUACGUCCUUCUUGGCGUGGAAGGCCGCUAUAUCAAACUAGUCACCGAGACGCGUGACGUUGAUGCUGCCAAACGUACAAGGUCGUUUAAAUUCGAGCUGGAUCAACCCGGUAUGGAUCCUCCUCUUCUAACCUUGGCAUCUCGAUGCUUAUCUCUGGGCGAGUCUUAUUUGAAAUUGACGCUCUACAUUGAGAAGUUUUCUCGAUAUGAGUACGGGCAGGUAAACCACGCACUUUGCGCAGCGCUGAAGACGCUGGUCAAAGAGUACAAGAUAAUGGUGGGACAGCUAGAGCAUCAGACAAGACGUUCUGAUUCAGUGCCGUUCACUAUACAGAAACUGUGGUACAACGUGCAGCCGAGCUUGCGGACGUUGGAAAUGCUAAGUUUAUUGGUGGACGCUUGCCGUAAAACAAUUGGCGGCGGCUCGUUACUUACUGAAAUUCAGCGAAUAAUGUCGUCUUUAGCAGGAGACUCAAAUGCACGCAAGGUGUUCUCUUUCUUGAUGGAGCGCGCCAGCGUGCCGUAUUUAAAGAUGGUUGAACGUUGGAUUUACCACGGAGAUCUAGUAGAUCCUUACGAUGAAUUCAUGAUCCGACGAGAUGAUCAAGUGAGCAAAGAGGAUGUUCAAGAUAAUCCAUACUCGACAUACUGGCAAAGUCGCUACACGGUUCGUGCAUCACAGGUGCCGCUUUUUCUUUCACGAGUAGCGCUGAAAAUCUUAACUGCGGGCAAGUACCUGAAUGUCUUUCGCACAUGCAAUCGUCAGGUGGAUUGCCCGUUUGCCGGUGACAUAAAAUUUUCUGCUAGCGAAUCGGUAUACGAAGAUCUAAUUGACAAGGCGCAUGGGUUUGCGAGUAGAAUGCUCUUGGAUUUGUUUGUGCGCGAAAGUGACCUCCAGAAUCGGCUGAUCUCGUUAAAGCAUUAUUUUCUAAUGGAUCAAGGAGACUUUUUUGUUGACUUUAUGGACAUUGCGGAAGAAGAGCUGAAACUACGUGCGGACAAAUUGUCGUUGUCUCGCCUAGAAUCUCUACUCCAUUUGUCACUUCAAACGUCUACUUGCUCUUCGGACCCGUAUAAGGAUGACUUACAGUGUUUUUUGUCACCGCAUAACCUCAUUUCUCACAUGGAGGCCAUUCACCAGCGUGCGCAAAAGGGACCUGGAGAUUCACUAACGACAUUCGAGUCUUCGUCCAUAGGCCACCCAGGUUAUAAGGUGAUUGAUGCGUUUACGCUUGACUACAACGUGAAGUGGCCUCUAUCACUCGUGAUCUCGUGCGGCGCGCUGACUAAGUACCAAAUGAUUUUUCGGCACAUCUUCUUUUGCAAGCACGUAGAGCGCCAGCUUUGUGAUGCCUGGCUGAAUCAUCAGGCAACAAAAGAGUUGCCACUGCGCUCUGCGCUUGGACCGUCAUUUUGUUUACGUCAGCGAAUGCUGCACUUUCAGCAGAACUUUGUGUACUACAUGAUGUUUGAGGUUAUCUCUCCUCGAUGGCACGAUUUCCAGCAGCAACUAGCGACUGCGGGCACCGUGGACGACAUAUUGGAGUUUCAGGGCGAGUUUCUUGAUAUAUGUCUGAAGGAAUGUUUGCUAACGGAUCCAGACCUACUGCGAGUUCUAACGAGGCUCAUGAUGGUGUGUAUGACCUUUGCCAACAGCAUCGAAAGCUUUACACGGCCAUAUUUCCUCGAUGAAGAGACCAUUAAGGUCGAACGCGAUGCUGAGCGAGAUCGUCGAGCUGAGAAGAAGGCACGUGAAGAAGCAGAAGUCGCUCUGGCGAGCUACCAACGUCAGAAGGGGACUUUUGGAGGGAAAAAGAAACGGGGCGUCCUAAGGCGUCGGGAGUCCUCCUCGCAGAUGGACAUGCGACGCACACGCAUUAAGAAGCUGUCGGAUGACGUGAAGCGCGCACUGACGGAGCGAAAAGGUGACGAAGAGAAUCCUUUCGUGCGAAUGACUAAUGACUUGGAGAAUCAGUUUGGCUCGUUGCUUGGCGAGUUCAUGCAGCAGUUGCUACGUAGGUCGCUCUUACAGCAAAACUCGCACCUGUCGAAUCUGUGUACGCGGCUAGACUACAAUGGCUUUUACACCAAGUAG